AUGACGUCACGGUCGAAGGAAAAGGUAGCGGCAGCUUUUCGGAAACUAUUCCGAUCACCUGAGAAGCUUGACAACGAUGGAGCCGGUCCGAGCGGAUCUCCAGCCAGGCGCGGCCUAUUUCGUCGACAUAGAGAUGGUGUCAGUCCAGCAGAAACAGCUGCAAGCUUACCAGCGAGCCCAGCAGCUUCUACAUUGGCUAAGAAGAAAGCCGGAGGUGCCAACGACGUAAGAGAAAGAGCAGCAGCUGUACGAACGCGCCGACUUAUGAAAGAACUAAAAGAAAUCCAGCGGUCACAAGAUCAUAGACCAGAUCCUGUUUUUACAGUAGAGCUCGUGAAUGACAAUUUGUUCGAGUGGCACGUCCGGUUGCACCAGAUUGAUCCUGAGAGCGACUUGGCAUCCGAUCUGCGUGAGCUAAACAUUCCAAACAUUUUGCUGCAUCUAAUCUUCCCUGAGAAUUUCCCCUUUGCACCACCGUUCAUGCGGGUCAUUGAACCAAGAAUAGAAAAAGGAUUUGUAAUGGAAGGUGGAGCAAUUUGUAUGGAGUUACUGACACCACGGGGCUGGGCAUCGGCAUAUACGGUUGAAGCGGUAGUAAUGCAAUUUGCCGCGUCUGUCGUCAAAGGGCAAGGGCGAGUCGUGCGCGCGCCCCCGCGCUCCUCGCGCGAGUUUUCGCGCAGGCGCGCUGAAGAGGCGUUCCGCUCGCUUGUCAAGACACACGAUAAAUACGGUUGGGUUACACCGGCUCUAUCCGAUGGUUGAAAAUUGACUAGGUACUGACAUUCAGCAACUUUUCAGAUUGGAUCUCUUAUAGAUAAUUAUAUUGAUUAAUGAUAA